UCGCACAGCACCGCAUCAUUGGAUGCGCCCCCAAAAACAAAGAAGAGGGAAUAAUCGCGAUCGAUGAGAAAUGCGCUCCUCCCUAACACGCGCUUGGGCUACGGGAGAAGAGUCGAGGGGGUAGUAGAAGCGACAAAUCCCCCCAUCUCUUCUAGGUGGAGAAAAUGGAGGUGGAAUUUGUGACAAAAGGGAAGCAGCAAGUAGCUGUUCAUUAUGUAAAUGCCCCCGACUGUGGUGUUGUUGAAGAAAAUUUUGGCGGAUAUUUCCAUGACCAUGAUGAUAUUUCUCUUGCUGAGGUUCUUCAAGAUCAGGAAAUUGUCUACCAAUCAUUGCAAAGAAAUGUUCAAUGCAGUAGUUCUAAAUCUUCUUCGAAUCAUGAUCAUGGGCAGAGCUCAUCAAAACUUGUGAGUUCGGACUUACAGCUCGCUGCAGAUGAAGCCUUAGCUAGAGAAUUAGAAGAGUUAGAGAAUCAACUAUCUGCUACUUCUUUUGGUGAUAUCAGGACACAAGCUGUUAAUCAUGGAACAAAUCCAAAACCAUCUUCAGCAUCAAUCAGUGGACGCACUUCUGCAAGUCCGUCUGCUCAGGUUGCAAGGGAAGAUGAUGUUGACCCAGAUAUUAUGUCUUAUGAGGAAUUGCAACAGUUAGGUGAAGCCAUUGGUACUCAAAGCAGAGGGUUAUCAGAAGAGCUGAUAUCAUAUUUACCAUCCUCAACCUACAAAACUGGGAUAUUCUCAAAGAGAGAUAAACAUGAAGAAUGCGUCAUCUGUUAUAUGGCUUAUAAGAACAAGGAUAAGUUGAUCACAUUGCCCUGCAAACAUCAAUACCACAAAGCUUGCGCAACUAAAUGGUUAAAGAUCAACAAGGUAUGCCCAAUUUGCAAUGAGGAGGUAUUUGGCUCUUAAGUAUAAACUAGUACGUCUACAUGUCGUCUGUCGUGUUACACCAACCACUUGUGUUUGUAAAAUUGUUUGUGUUGGGGUAACUUGAUCUGAAGCAGAGCUUUUCUGGUUAAGUUUAUAUGAAAUUUCGAACCAGAGAAAUGAAACCAUUGACGUGUAGCUGGGACAUAUGACUCCAUGCUUCUAUUGGAUCCUGUUGGUUCUCGUGUUGUGUAACUAUUGACUUGCUUCCAAUGCUUUGUGUAUAAAUGUGAUCAAAUUUGGGACAUGGUGGCUAA